AUGUGCGAGUCGUGUAUUGACCGACUUUUCUCGCUCGGCCCAGCCGCGUGUCCGGUGUGUGGCCAAAUCGUGCGCAAGCAGCAAUUCAGUGCGCAGAUCUUUGAAGAUUUGAGCGUUGAGGAAGAGGUCAACGUGCGCAAGCGCGUAGCCAAACUCUUUACACGCAAAGCUGAGGACUUUCCGAGCCUGCGCGCGUACAAUGACUACUUGGAAGAGUUCGAAGAGCUGACGUUCAACCUCGUGCACAAGAUCGACAUGGAGCAUACGCAGGCGCGUCUCGCACAGUACGAGGCACUGCAUCGCUCAGCGAUUGCUCAGCAGCAGCAGCAGCAUGAGCAGGACUCGCUGCGCCAGGCUCAGCUGGACGACGCGGAGCGCCAGGAGCGCAUGCUUCGCGCGCAAAAGGUGCGCGAAGAGCAGGAGCGUGAGGCCGCGGAGCGUGACGCGGAGGAGCGCGAAAUGGUGCGCGAGCUCGAGCAGGGCCGCAACAUUGAUGACGUACUGGCCGAGCGCGAGCGCAAGCGCGAGGAACGGGCCCUCGCGUCGCAGCGCCGCGAGCAAGAAGAGCAGCGGCGACAGCAGCAGUUUGAGGCGCGCCUGCGCGCGGCGCCUGCCGCACAGCGCACCAAGCUGAGCGCCGCCGAGACAGAAUAUAUCCGUGCCGUGGCGCAAUCUGACUUUUCGGGUCCGUUCGCGACGCUCCAUGACGGCUCGGACCUCGCGCAGGCGCGGGCGGCGCCCGCGUCGCUGGGCGGACUCGGCACAGGUGAUGGCUAUGUGGAUCCGUGGCUCAAGCCUGAGUGGGCCUCGCGCACCGCGGCGGCGCAGUACCGUGCGGGCGGCUAUGACUGGCAGCACCAGGUGUGGCAGCGGGGGCUCAACGCCGUGUGCAAUGGCCUGACACUUUCUCCCUUGUAG